UCAAAAUUUUGAUACACAACAAACAUAAUUAUAACGAAAUUCUAGUAAAAUUCCUUAGAGUUUUAGUACUUCUUUUAUACCUGUUUACAAUCAUGAACGAUAAGCCGCGAUCAAUAUUGCCACAAGAAUGCGUAUCCAAUAAGAAAGCGCCCAAGUCGGAUUAUCGCUUAUCGUACCUAUCCACCAAUGAGAGAACUCCCUUUGUGGAGCUAUACUUGACCUCCGUGGUAUCAGCAUGGAUUCCCGAACUAGUUUGCUUUCCCCUGGAUCUAAUGAAGACCCGCAUGCAUAUCCAGGGCGAAAAAGCAAACAAGGCGUACGCGACUAUGAAGCACACUGGCACUCUUCGCACUGCCCUCAACAUAAUCCGUAACGAGGGGCUGUUUCAUUUGUAUGGCGGGCUAUCGGCCAUGUUCUUUCGUCACUCCAUGUUUACUGGCAUGAAGAUGUACUUCUAUGAUACGUUGCGCGACGCGUUGAUCAUUAAAGAUCGCGACGGAAAGCCAAAGUUGACGUUUCUCCGCAGCGCCUUUGCCGGCAUGUUUUCCGGCGGUCUAGCCAACUUCAUUUCCUCACCCGCCGAUCUAGUCAAAGUGCAGAUGCAGAUGGAGAGCAGUCGACGCUCAUUAGGCCAAGAGCCACGUGUGAAAAAUGUUGUUCAGGCCCUGCGCUACUUCUAUACUACGGGCGGCAUAAGAGGCCUCUGGAAGGGUACCGUCCCGAAUGCGUUACGUGCAUCACUCGUAACGCUAGGCGACAUUAGUGUCUACGAUCUUAGCAAACGUAAGAUGAUGGUCCUUCUAGAUAUGCCAGACGAUCGCCGGAUUCAGUUUAUGGGCGCGAUGAUAGCGGGAUUCGCUUGCGCCGUGCUCAGCACUCCGAUGGAUGUGGUCAAGUCACGGAUCAUGAAUCAGCCGGUCGCACCUAGUGGCAAAGGCGUCCACUACAGUGGUACGAUCGACUGUUUCAAAAAGCUGGUGCAGAAGGAAGGCGUCUUUGCAAUGUACAAAGGCUUCUUUCCCUACUGGUUACGUAUCGGUCCGUGGACCCUGAUAUUCUGGACAACCUUUGAGCAAAUACGUAGAUGGCGUGGCGAUGAGGCCUAUUAGAUUAGAUCCAAAAUUAGUAUG